AUGUCUUUAGAACAACAGUGGAAUGAAGCAAUUUUAAGCUUAAAUCAAAAUAAAAAAGGUUUAGAAGGUUUAAUACAAUCGACAAAGGCUUGGUUGGUGGUCACUGGCUGGUUGAACCCUAGCAUUUAUAACAUCGAUCAAGAAAUACCUGCUGAUGUUAAAGAAUAUUUACAACAACUUAUACAAACUCCAUUAGCUAAACGUUUGGUUGAAUGGUACCUCGAUGCCAUUUGUCAAAAUUUUAGAGAAUGUUUUGAUAAGAAAUUUCAUCAAUGGCGUGAAGCGUGGAUAGUAUGUACUGAAGGAAUUUUACUUGGAAAUUUUGUUCAGAGUUAUUUUUCAGCUCAAUGA